AUGAAGCUCGGAGCGGCGUGGCUCUCCCGGCCCACCCCACCCCACGCCCGUGAGGCGCUUCCCACGCCCGUUUUGGUGGGAAUCGAGGCAUUUUCCACGCCGGGACGGACUCAUCCCUUCACCUGGAUGCUUUAUCCGCAGGUGGAGUUGAAUACAGUGGUUAACUGCAAGCAAUAUGUUCUGAAGAUGAUGGUGUUCAGACAAAUACCCAAUUUGAUUCUGAUAAAUUGGAUGCAAGACUUUGACCAGCAUGAGAAGAACAGGAAGUUAAAUAUACAAACAGGUAUCAGUGACUGGGAAGUUUGGCUUCACUAUAUCACGGCUAUAAAAGUUAUUUACUGGUUGAAGAAUUGUGCAACUUUUUAUUGGGGCAUUGUGGAAGCAGGCAGCAUCCCAGACCUGUGGAGGAGCUCAGCAGGAGGAGAACAAGUGGGGGAAAAUAUUCCCAGUGUUGUGUUGCUGCUGGUGGCUCAGUUUGAACAGGGGCCUGUGGUGGUCCAGCUCGUUGGAAACUUUUGUGCAGACACCAGGAUGAUGCUACAGCUGGAGCUAAUCCCUGAGAAAACAGCACCACCAGCAACAGCAGUUUGCUCUAGACAAGAAAAAAGGUGGAAGAUGUGGGGCUAAGAGGGAUUUUCUCCUUCAAAAGAAGAAAGGUUGCUUUCCGGGCACCUGUGUGCUGAAAUGGACUGAGAUGCAGUGUGAAUUGAAGAAAUAUUUGGAAACAGAGGUGAUUGUUAAGUUUCUGAGCUUGGGUGUUCAUGGAGUGUUUCUGGCCAACACCUAAAAUUCAGUUUCCAAGGCUAGAGGCAGCAAAAG